GCCGUUGUCAGAGAGCCGGACGUCUCUCAACCGACUACAGUCAGUCUUCUCGCAGAUCGCAAACCGCGUGGGCAGCACGACCUGAUUGCGAUUGAUCUACCCUGACCCCGAGCCGUCCAGCUAUAAUUCGAAUCCGCACGUGAGAGUAAAAAAGAGAGAUAAACGAAAAUAUUGCAUCAAUCUCCUUCCUAGUACAUUUCUAGUCAUCAAAACUCGUGAUUGUCGUAAGAGAUCGUUUAUCGUGGACAUCAUAGAUUGAUAGAGACCGCAGUCUUAAUCUUCCGGGAAUUUCGCUUCCAUACGCGCAUUCAUUCACUCGAUAUCGAAAUGCGCUUACAAAGCACAAGGGGACGGUGGGCAGUCCUUGCCGUAGUUUGCGUGGCUAAUUUACGAUUAGCUUUCUCCGAGAAAGAAUCGGAAAGUGAGGGAAAGGUACACUCGGAGGAACCGCGACAACACUCGUGUUGCGCCCGGCAUGAAAAAAUGAUCGACGUCGGAUACGGGAUGUCCGGAGAAGUUAUUCAAAUCGAUGCUGGACACUGCCGAAAAUUAUGCCCGCGACAUGUAUCCGAUGAUCCGGGAGAUGCGAGUCGACCAGCAGUGCAGAAAUGCUCAUCGGAUUCCCGUUGUCGUGCGAAGGCCGCCAAGUUGGAGAGAGUGUCGACGUUGCAGGGUGUUCGCGUCAUCGAGGCUAUAGAUGCCUGUGAGUGUUCGCCGGAAACAUCCUGCAAACGAGAAUCCUACGUUCAUUUCGUGCAUUCCGGCACACCACACCAGACCGUCGUAGAUACCGGAGUUUGCAUUGGUCAUUGCGGCAAAGAUCUUGGUUGCAAGCCGGUGCGGAAUAAUACAAUCAGCAUCAAAGGGCCAAAUGGUGAUGAAAUUUACCAAGUGGUGGAGAAAUGCGGCUGCGCUGGUAACUGUCACCGGAUGGACCAUAUGGAGACCGUAUUGGAUUACAGCGAAGUAACAAUCAAAGAAGGUACAAACACAACCGACGUGAGACCCGUCAUCCGUCAAAUAAACGUUGGACAAUGCAUCGGAACGUGUCCGGGAAACGAGACGGAAACAUGCCUUUUGCGUGAUAAAAAAGAGCCGUAUAGAUGUCUAGCCGGUUUGUACUCUAAGCAAUAUAGUUGCACACCAACCACAUUCAAGGUGCAUGAGUACAGAACCCGACGAGGUGCGAAGAGAGAGAUAAUUCAGAUCACCCAGUGUGCCUGUAUCUAAAUUGUAAUUGCAGCAGUAAGUCAUCGUGUUUGAAUCGAAUCAAGGAUGAGGAAGAGAGAGAAAGAUAUACGACGGUGUGUUAGAUAUACUUUACACACUCAUGUUCCUAGGUACAUUAUGUACUAAUCUAUCAUGACUAAAUAAAUCAACAAUGUUUUCUUCAAGGAGUGAGAUUAA